CUUCUUGUUGUAUUGUCAGAUUAUUUUUGUUGAGAGUUGAAAGUGCGGACGUGUGGCAUUGUUUGAGUCAGCUGUCAACUGUAAAGCAAUUGUUUGGGAAGUAUUCAUUUAUAAAUAAAGAAAUAUGUCUUUGCCAGAGCCACUUCAAAAGUUGUUCAGCCACAUCGACCAGAAUAAGAAAAGGUACAUUGAUGUAUUAUCUGAAGCUGUAGCAAUCAAAUCAGUGUCGGCAUGGGCAGACAGUCGACAAGAAGUUGUUAAAAUGGUUAAAUGGGCUGAACAACGAUUGAAGGCUCUCGGCGCAACCACAGAAUUAGCAGAUGUUGGAAAACAAACUCUUCCAGACGGCAGAGUUAUUGACUUACCUCCAGUAUUGCUGGGUCAGUUGGGAAAUGAUCCUAAAAAACAUAUGGUAUGUUUGUAUGGACAUUUAGAUGUUCAGCCAGCUCUGAAAGAAGAUGGUUGGGAUACUGAACCAUUUGUAUUGACUGAGAAAGAUGGAAAAUUAUUUGGUAGAGGAGCUAGUGAUGACAAGGGUCCCGUUAUCGGUUGGAUUCAUGCAAUUGAGGCUUAUCAACAGACUGGACAAGAUUUACCAGUUAACAUCAAAUUUGUUUUUGAAGGCAUGGAGGAAUCUGGUAGUGAAGGAUUAGAUGAUUUGCUGUUUGCUAGAAAAGAUACAUUUUUGGGUGAUGUUGACUACGUCUGCAUUAGUGACAACUAUUGGCUGGGCAAAAAUAGACCAUGCAUCACAUACGGUCUUCGUGGAAUCUGUUACUUUGAAGUUGAAAUCGAAUGUGCAACAAAAGAUCUUCACAGUGGAGUUUUUGGUGGAUCUGUCCCCGAAGGAAUGUCUGAUUUAAUUUAUCUUAUGAAUACUCUAGUUGAUAAGCAUGGCAAAAUUUUGAUCCCGGGUCUCUAUAAUGAAGUAGCACCUUUAUUGCCUAAUGAACAUGAAAUAUAUAAAGGCAUUGAUUUUGAAGUUGAUGAUUUCAGAAAUGAUAUUGGUAGCAGAUGUUUAUUACACAAUAAUGUAAAAACUGACAUUUUGAUGCAUAGAUGGAGAUAUCCAAGCUUGUCUCUUCAUGGCAUAGAAGGUGCUUUUAGUGAGCCUGGGCAAAAAACUGUAAUUCCACGUAAAGUAAAUGGCAAAUUUUCUAUUAGAAUUGUGCCAAAUCAAGAACCAGAACAGAUUGAGAAAUAUGUUUUAGAGCAUUUGAACAAAAUGUGGAAAGAAAGAGGAAGCCCAAAUAAAAUGAGGGCAUCUAUGGCUCAUGGCGGCAAACCAUGGACUGAGGAUCCUUCUCACCCACAUUACCAAGCUGGAGCAAAAGCUACUAAACAUGUGUACAAGGUUGAGCCAGAUAUGACUCGUGAAGGAGGUUCAAUUCCAGUCACUUUAACACUUCAACAAGCUACGGGUAAAAAUGUCAUUUUGCUUCCAAUGGGAGCCUGUGAUGAUGGAGCUCAUUCUCAAAAUGAGAAAAUAGAUAUUCGUAACUACAUUGAAGGAACAAAAUUAUUGGGUGCUUAUCUAUAUGAAGUGGCUCAACUGUAAAUUAUGAAGUUAUUCUUCGUUAUUGAGAAUGAAUUAUGUCUUGGCAAUAUUUUGUUACAUAUGUAUUAUGCAU